AAGGUUUCAGGGACACUUCUUUCUGGUCUACAUUGUUACAGGACAUGGCUCUUCAAUGAUCACAUAUUUUAUUUUAAAUAAGUCUGGAGAUAUCAUAUAUCAUUCAUCGAAUACAAAGCGACAACUUACUACAGAAGAAAGUCGAAUCUGCUACUUGCCAUUGCUCUUGACCAAAGACCUGAUCCGCUCCCAUCUGAAUGGUCGACUGCAAUAUUUAAAAACAGGCAAUAAAACAAUCGCAUUCUGGGAAAAACACAGUUUACUUUAUGUGGCAUGGACAAACAACACCCAGAUUCCCGUCAGCUUGCUACAGCAACACCUACGUUCCAUUUACUGCUUCUUGCGUUUCACGUAUGGCCCGCAAUGGCAUUCGCACGUCCAAACCAGCAUGGGAUCUUCCCGUUCGCAGCGCAUCCCUCUUAUCUCCUUAUCUGGAAUCUCCGAUUGUCUAAGUCGGCUUGAUUUCUUAACAGGACCACCUUCACUGCGAUCCAGUGGUAUGCUAUGCUUCGUUGAGCAGGUGGAACUGCACGAAGAUCUCCGUUCAAGGCUCGUUAGCUGUCUUCGAGAAUGUUGCGAGAACGCCUUUCCGUUUUCGUCGCGAGCUACCUCAUCGAGCACCAAACUGGCCUCGUUCUUUACUCCGCCUAAACGAACGAUGACUGUCCGGUCCCAUCCUCACGAUAAGACUGUUCUCAUGGAAUCGUUCCGAGGAACAGAACCUGCAUUGCAUCAAUGGACUGACGCCUUCCUAUUUGCGAGGGAGAAGAUCGUGGUUCGAUGUAGCAAUCCUCUCCAAUCCAUGACCUGCAAUGGGGAUGAUACGGAUGAUGUGUCCGACAAUUUGCUGUAUUACCUCAAAAGUCUCCUUGUUCAAUAUCUAGAUGUAAGAGCAGAAAAAUACCGUCAAUAUAAUACCCGUCAAUCGGGGAGCUCUCCACAGGAUAUCUCCCGUCAAAGUUCAGCCAACUCUCUGCAUGAAACCACCUCGGUUAACUCGACCUCCUUACCCACCUUAUGCACCUCAUCAUCCACAUCCGAUACGCCGAGUCAAAAAUCGCCAUUUACCUUUGUAUACAGCUCAUCGUCGUCCGCCCCACCAUACAAAAUCCGGGAAAAAACGCCGUCUUCUGUCAUGGUGGUGCCUUCCAACGUAUCAUCUCCUUCCAUCUCCUGGAGUUCGCCACCUCCUUUGAUUUACAACCGUUUGCUCAGUCAGUUUUCACAGCGCAGUUCACAUACCCUUUCCCGUUUCAGUUCCAUCGAUCCGCUUUCUAUACCAUCCCGCGUUGACAGUCAUCACAGUAGUGAUACGCAGUUACCACCGAAUGCCGCCGCAUUAUAUAUCCAUCCGUCCAGUAGUAAUCCUGUUUUGUCUUCUACCAAUAACUAUAUGUCCAACAGCCUGCCGUCGGAACCGGCCGCUUUUCUUCGCGAACAGUUCCCACUUCGAUCGUCCACCCAUUCUUCGCCUACCACACGGUCACGCAAAAACAGUUUCACCGAGCAGAUCCCUUCCAAAGAUUCCAUCAAGCACUUGAUCACGAAUCUCUUGCAUAGCGAUCCCGAAGAUGACACCCCAGACGACGAUUUGUGGGAAACUCACGGAAAAGUGUUCCGUGGAUGGAUCAAAAAAGAAGGGCAACUGUUCCCUUGUCGCAUCUUUUUGACAUCUGUAAGCAACGAAUUUUGCGCCAUGGUGGUGUGUAGGGAUGAUUUGGAUCGGUCUGAAAAGAUCCGCAUUGCCACUCAACCUGUACGAACUCGUCCUUCGGUCUUUCGCCAAGCACAUCAACUACAAUGUCUGCAGCAAAAUCUGCAGGACAUGCUGCAAGAUUUUUCGGCGUUCUUGCUUACUAAAGAAGCCGCCCAUUUCACCAUUCUGUCGUUCGCUGUCGCUUAUCCUGGUUUGUUACACUUUAUGCAUAUGGAAAAAGGGAUCAUGGUGGCUCCUCAGCUGGUGGAUUUGAAUGAAUUGGAUAAAGAUUUUGAAGUGCUGCAUGGAAUAUUCAGUCGGUACGAUUUUCACUCGAAAACGACGCUUUAUUCUGCGCAAUGGCCUCGCGCCACAAAGCUAAAACGACUUAGUGACCAGAUGGCGUGCCUGGGGGACAACAUGACAUCAGGUAGUCGCAUUGUAAGGGUUCUCGAGGAUAAAGGCCCAGGGAGUCCUUGUGAAUUCACGUAUCUGUACCAACGUGGCCAACAUGGAGAAGAGUUGCGAGCUCUCUAUUUUGGAUUUGUCCCACCGGAACGCAUGUGGGAGAUGCAUCAACGGCUGUUUCAAGACAUCAGUCAACGCAUUUUGUAAAGAAAAAAGGAAAAAGAAAAAUAUGCAAUUCAGCG